AUCAUUAACAUAAAAACUAAAAAGCUUAUUGAAAUGAAAUUUGUUACUCAUUGCCAAUUAAUCUGUGGUCAUGGCUUCACUUCUCCCAAGUCACCCUCUUCUUCAUCAUCAUCACGGCGGUUCUGCGCUUGCUGCCAUUCCAACCCGCUGUUUCCGUCACUCCUCCGCCUCCCACCUGACUCUCUCCUCCACCAACCGUACCAAGGCCGAUUUUUCAGCAGCAGCAGCACAAAACAAUAUCGCUUCUCCUGCUGAUUUUGAAUUUGAGGCGCCUCUUAAAGUAUUGAAAUAUCCAGACCCGAAAUUGAGGAUAAAGAAUAAACGCAUAGUAACCUUUGAUGAUGAUUUGAAGAAACUUGUCCAUGAAAUGUUCGACGUAAUGUACAAAACUGAUGGCAUUGGUCUCUCAGCACCCCAAGUAGGAAUUAAUGUUCAACUUAUGGUUUUCAAUCCAGUAGGUGAACGUGGUGAAGGAGAAGAAAUUGUUCUUGUAAACCCAAGAGUUAGUAAAUACUCAAAGAACCGGACACUCUUUAAUGAGGGUUGUCUAUCUUUUCCCGGCAUUAAUGCUGAUGUAAAGCGACCAGAAUCUGUGAAGAUUGAUGCACGUGAUCUGAAGGGAACAUGGUUUUCGGUCAGUUUGUCUGGCCUUCCAGCACGAAUAUUCCAACAUGAAUUUGACCAUCUACAGGGAAUCCUUUUCUUUGAGAGAAUGACUGGUGAAGUUCUUGAUAGUAUUCGUGGACAGUUACAGGCCCUUGAAAUGAAGUAUGAGGAAAUAACUGGACUCCCAAGCCCUGAAAAGAUAGAAAGUCGCAGUAGAAAAAAUGUUGCUUCUGCUUUUCGGAAAUUAUAAUAUUCCAGGUCAAUAUAAGGCUCAUGACUACCAGAAUUCUGGUUUGAGGUCAUUUAGUAAAACCAUAGAUUGUCACAACAGAUGCUGCAUAUGGUUGGAUAUGUAUCAUAUAUAGCUAUAGAUAGAAAAGCGAAAGGUCUCAUUCAUCUCUUAACCGUGGUUUUAUUUAUUAUUUCAUUUCUGUUGACAUUGGAUUAUCGUUAAAUCAUUAUUUUAUGCUACACAAGUUUUCUCUGGGUUGACGGAUUAAUUGCUUCUAUAGGUGUCACCUGUAGUGCAUAGUCAUCAGGAACAUCUCUUAUGAUCACAGCCAUCGUUACUUAAUCACAUUGCUCUGAAGGGAAGAAUUCAUCUUCAAUGACCAUUUCCAUUUUUAUUGUGUUGGUUUCUAAACAUUUUGCCCCAGUGAGUUGAUUUGGAGAUGAUUUUAUUUACAAUCAGUGCUAGUGAUUUACAUUGUUUUAUUUAAAGAUCAUGAAGUGAAAACAAACUUUUCAUUAUAUUAUAUGGUUUACAAAAGCAAAUGAAAAUUGAUUAUGUGCAGACACAAA